UAAAAUAAUAAAUUGUUCUCAUUACAAUUAAAUUUAUUACUUAAAUAAAUUAAUAUAUAAAAUGGAUUUUAUAUUUGAUGUUGUCGAUGGUGUCAUCGAUUUCAUAGCGAAUAAUGGUUGGUACAUAUUUAUAUCAUCUGUACUACUAAUUUACAUUUAUGUAAAUUAUGUGAAAGAUACACUUGAUAAAUAUUUACAACAAAGGGCUGAAACGCAAUACCUAAAUGAAGUUAAAAAGAAUCCAGACCUAUUUCGUGAGAAAGCUUUGGCCAUGGAAGAAGCACGAUUAAAAAUGCAAGAUAAGUAUUUACAAGCAGCUGAAAAGCAUAAAGAGAAACAAGAAUUACUUCAACAACAAAAACAAGCUGAAAAAAUAGAACGUACAAGUCAUGUAAAUGUUGGACAAAAAUUGGGUUUCAAACCUAAUGAAUAUAAUCCUUUAAUGGGAGCUGGUACUUCUGGUGGAUAUCGAGCACCAAAAAGAUCUUGUUGUGGUAAAAAAUAAUGAUUGAUGAAGAUGAUCUACGUACUAAUCUGUGAUUUGAAUAAAGUUUACAAUUUAUA